AUGACACGCCUAUCCACGCUCUCGCUGGCCCUGAGUGCCCUCGCCUGGACCCCGUUAUCCACCGCAUGGACCCUCACUUGGCGCAAUUCGACCAAGGGCGCGACUGUCGUCCACGAAACCGGCAGCCAGAACUGCACGCAGAUCUGGCACCAGAAAGGACAACAGUUCUCCUGGGACCCGGAGGGCGAAUGGUGUCUGCAUUUCUACAAGGACGUCGCUUGCACCACCGUCGGCGGAUGGUCCUGUGACGGCCGGAUCUGGCGCAAGGACGCCAGUCGCGACCUGCCCGCCUACGACGUCUAUGCCAUGCCCCCAGACUCGGUCAGCGUCAACUUUCCGUCCACAUCCACGACUUCCUCGAGCACAACAUCCUCAGCAGUCACGACGACCACCACCACCUCCUCCUCCUCAAGGACCACUACUACAACCCCCGCCUCCACCACCGCAACAGCGACACCCAUCUCCCCCGCCACAACCGAAACCCCCAAGAGCACGAACACGGCCCUCUCCGGCGGCGCCAUCGCCGGCAUCGUGGUCGGCGCCGUCGCGGCCAUCGCCAUCCUCGCCGCGCUCUUCUUCUGCCUCGGCCGUCGCAACCGCCGCGCCAAACGGGCCGACGACCCUGCUCCGGCCUCCGCCUCCGCCUCCGCGCCUGCAACCACCCAGCUCCUACUCCCCGGCUCCCCGCUGGGGUUGGGCUCGGCGCCGGCGUACACAUACCCGGCGGAUAAAAUGGAACUCGCGGAGACGGAGAUCCCGCACGCGCACGGGCGGCGGCCGUAUCCGGGCUCGCGGUUCGUCGAGUUAGCCGGGGACGGGCCCGGGGCGGAAUUGAGCAAUAGUCGGCAGGUGCAGGAGCUGGAUGGGUCGAGUGAUAUCAAGCGACCUUUGUAUUAA